AUGUUAUUAAGCGCAGGAUACCGUUUUCAAGUGAAAAUGACGAAUGAAUUUCUAGAUGAACUAAAAAACUUAGCCUCAAAAGGUGAUGAUCCAUUUUAUCGUGUUUCCCUUUAUUUGUGGCGAUAUUCAACAAGUAAUCAUUAUUUUAAUCCACUUGAUGAAUUAAAACACGCAUCAAAAGAAUAUGAUCGGAAAUUAGCUGAAAGUCAAUAUGAAAUGAUAAGUACAAUAAAUAUCAGCUCAAAGAAAUAUACUCACGUUCCAAAUGUAACAAUAACACCUACAACAAUUCAAAUUAAACCGUUAAAGUUCUGUCAAACAAAUCGAGUUAUACGUGAAGUAGACCAAUUUGGUCCAUCUACAAAUUUUGCUUUGGUUGAUUUAAGAGAAGAAAAUGGGAGAGAUUUGCAAGCAUACGAUUUUAAAGGACUACGUACACUAUUAAUGAAAUAUUUAGAUAAAAAUGGGGGUUUUGAAAUUGGCAAGAAUCGAUGGUACAAAUACUUACAUCAUUCACAAUCUCAAUUGAGAGAAAAACAGUUUUGGUUUUAUCAUGAAGAAAAUGGGUUCAAGACAUUAGAACAAGCCUACAAAUGGAUGGGAAACUGUAAAGAAAAAGUGGUUGCUAAAUAUUCAGCAAGGAUUGCACUCUGUUUCACAAGUACAGACGAAACUAUUGUGAUUCCACAAGCAAAGUUCUUGCUUGUUGAUGAUGUAAAAACAGAAGAUUCAAAAUUUAAUUUUACAGACGGUUGUGGCACUAUUUCACCAAGCCUAUGCAAUGAGGUAACCUUUCUCUAAACAACUUUUACACUUGCAUCCAUCGCAUCAAAUUUGUGACCUAAGCCUCACUCGGGUCAGAAAUGAUGAUAUUGUCAAAACAAUUAAUUUUGAUAAAAGUGCGUAAAGAUAUAGCCCUAGCGAGAAAACCUAUGGAGGUGAUUCCUUCUGUUUCUAGUGAUUAUACGUCCAUCGAUAGAGUAUAUCGCAUUCGUGUCUGAAUUUCGUACUUUUACAUUUUAGAGAGUAGUACUUUUUCGGUUGUUAAAUAUUCAUAUGAUGGUUAUUAGCGUAUACUGGAUGGGCCUAUGUUCAGGUUUUCAGAUAUUCCUAGAAUAAGAGUAGUUACUGGAAGAACGUAAAUGCUGUGCGUAUGCUUGAUGAGGCGAUAUUCAGGUUUUGAGAUAUCAACAAAGUGAUUCUAGAUAAUAUAAAUAAAAACAUUCUGAAGGACGAUGGAAUUCUUGUGUGCUCAGCUAUCAAGUUUUUGUCGUUAUAUUCAAAGAAUAAUAGUAGGUAGUAGGAAAACAAAGAAAAGUUUUGUUAUGCCUGGGAGGCAUUUUGCACUGUUUCACUCGUUUAGUCCUUUCUUCUUCACGUCCAUGCUAUCCAUACUAUUCAUUCUUUAGUAUAUGCAUGUACAUAUACAGUUAUGUUUACUAUUUUCUCUUUUCUUUCUUUGUUAUGAUUCAAUCCUUUUCUUCCGUCCUGAUUUUACUGUGAAAAUACCCGUUUCGUUUGACUGUUUUUUUCGAUCACUUUUAUUCGUUCCUUUGUGUGAUGUAGAGUGUGUUUUUAUAUAUACUUUUUUUUCGUGAUAAUAUACUGUGAGAAGAUUAGUGAUCUUGUAUGUCCAGUAAGCUUUUAUAUCAUUCACUGGCACUUAGUUUUUUGUUAGUUGUACUACAGGACACGGGUCUUUGGAACUGAUUCAUCCAUCUGAUAUAAAGCAUAACAUAACAAGUUUGUGAACUAAAGUAAUGUAGUUCUACAGUUGUUUGGAUGUUUGGUGUUCUUGUUUUUUUUGAGACGCGAUGUAUGUGUUUGUUACAUUGUGACGCGUUCCUUCAUUUUAUAGUAGUAGUGGUGUUGUACACUAUGUAUGUGCUGUCGUAUGGUACGGUCAUUACGUACAGAAGAGGCAGAGAGUGAAAUGAGAGAAUUAAGUGUUUCGACGACGAGAAGUUAAACACAAAAGUAAACACUGCACUAUAGUUUUUAUUAUCAAAAAAUAUUAUGUACUUUUUACUUGUUUUGUGUUUUCUUGUAUAUUCGUCCGUCUUUCUCAAGAUGUGGGUAAUGGCAAUAUAGGCCUAGUUAAAGAAAGUUCUGUCUAAUGUAAAACAUAGAAGAGGAGAAGUUGUGUGUUUCGUUGUAGUUCGAAGUAGUUAAAUAGAAGAUUAGUAUCGUAUUGCAUCACAGUUUUAUACUUUUAAAAAUGCGGCGGUAUUUUCUGCUGUGAUAAUACGGUCCGUCCCGUAUACGCUAAUAAGCAUCAUAUGAAUAUCUAAUAACUAAAAAAGAACUACUCUCUAAAAUGUAAUCUGAAUAUCGAAUAUCUCUGUAUCUGAAUAUCGGAAUAUUACACCAUCUCUAUAUCUGAAUAUCUGAAUGAGAGGAGAGUGCAGGUUCAUGGGUGAACUGGUAGAAUCUAUCGUGGAGACGACAUUCAGAUAUUCUAAAUACCUAGAUAUUCAGCUAAAAUGUAGAUAUUCGCAAAUCAGUCACAUGUCGUAUAUCGAGGUAGUAAAACGCCUAAAAGCAUUUCAGCCGGUGACUCAUCCGUCAAAAGUUAGCGCGAUUUUUCUAUUCUUCCAUGUUUCUAGGAAAACAUGGAUGAAUUUAAAAAAUUUAUAACUCUGUCAAGAAAAGUAGCUAAGAGCUCAAAUUUCUUUCUAUAUGUCUGUAAUAUUCAUAAAAAGUUCUGGAUUUACUAAAAGUUCUACUGUUCCUAUGAACCGAUUUUAACAAUUGUUUUUUUUAUUUCACUCCUCUUGCAGUGUCCUACUUACACACCAAAUUUCAUCUUUCUAGCUCAUCCCUUGUCAAGUUACGGGGCUUUAACUUUGAAAAAGUGCGGUUUUUCGGGAGGUAUGGGAGGGAAAAUGCCUUUUCUGUGAAAGAUUCAUUCAAAAAGUGUACGUAAUACUAAACUUAAUGUGCAAAUUACCAAGUUUGUUAAGCAUGUGCAAAGGCUUUGCUCAUGUACUAUACGUAGGGGCAAGUUAUUGAAAAAAAAUCACACAAUAGCAAAAAAAAUAAUCCUUUAUUGUUCUGAAAAAUAAUCUUUUGUCGUUAUAGAAGUUUCUAGAAAAUUCCAGUUUUUUGGACAUACACAUGCGUAUGGCGGCAGUUUCUAGAAGUUUUCUAGAAGGUUCGAGAAGAUUCCUGAUGUAGACAUUGCGUAUUAUAUAUAUAUAUAAAUUAGCCUUUGAAAUACACAAAAUAUAAAAGUUAAAAACUAACUAGAUACUUUUGAAGAAUAUUUGUAGUCUUUGGAAUAAAUAGAUACAAAUCGCCGCUUUCAACGUUUUCGUCAAUAAACAUGGAUAUUGACUCAAAGUUGAAAACUUCGAUUUUUCGAAGUUUAUACUAAAUGUAGCAUCUGCUCGGGCUAAUAUUUCCGCAAAUUCAAAUUGGAAGAGUAAGUUAUAUGUUGGAAGUAUAUCCA